GUCCAGUUGGUACAAUGGAAGGCUCUGUAGAGAACUCUGUCACAAAACCCCACACCGACGAACACCACCAACCCCUACAAGAACUAGGGUUAGGGUUUCGAUCUUCACCUGACAAUGAUCUUGAUCGGCAAACCAGCAAUGAAGAGCAUCGGAACCAACAACUCCUCGAAACACUCAGCGAAGAGAUUCGAGUUCUCGUUUUGGAAGAGAAGGAGAGAGAGAAUGAGAGUGAUGAUAAUGUGAAUAGAAGAAUUGAAAAUGGUUUAGGAUUUUGUAUGGGGAAUGAGGGUGUUGGAGAAGAGGCUGCGGUGGCGCCGGUGAAGGACGGGAAACAGAGGAUUUACCAUUAUCCGGUGAGACCUGGCGCCGAGGACUGUGCGCAUUAUAUGAGGACGGGGACGUGCAAGUUUGGAAAGAAUUGCAAGUUUAAUCACCAAAGGAGAAGGAAGUAUCAGCCUGCCAAGGAGAACCUGAGCGAGAAGGAAGAAAAUUCAGAAAGGCCAGGCCUGGUUCAAUGCAAGCCUGCUGUGGAGAACAUGAAGGAGAAGGAAGAAAAUACGGAAAGCCCAGUACUGGUUCAAUGCAAGUAUUACCUGAGUUCUGGAGGGUGUAUAUUUGGAAAAGCCUGUAAAUACAACCAUGGUAGAGGGAAAGUACCAGUAGCUCCGAUAAUGGAGUUCAACUUUCUGGGAUUGCCAAUCCGGCCGGGAGAAAAAGAUUGCCCCUACUACAUGCGUAAUGGCUCCUGCAAGUAUGAAUCAAAUUGUUGGUUUAACCACCCUGAUCCUACUACAGUGGGAGGAGGUGAUAACCUUGCUGUUUGUGGCAAUGCUGGAUCUGUUCCAUCACAAGGUGCAUUCCAAUCAACUGUGUUCUCCCGGUCACAGCCAAGAACAACGAACCAGACUGUUCCUUUUGUUCCAGUGGCGUUUUCACCAUCCCACAAUGUUCCUCCUCCAAAUGUGGGAUGCAAUGGCUAUCAGGCUCCUGCACACCCUGGACCAGAGAAGAGGUUGGCUAUUCCGCCAGCAUUUGCCGUCAAUAAUUCAGCUGAAAUGAAUGUCUAUACUCAUCACAACCUUCCGAUGCUAGUCAAUGAGUUCCCUGAACGACCAGGCCAACCUGAGUGCACUUACUUCUUGAAAACUGGGGACUGCAAAUAUAGAUCUGCAUGCAAAUUUCACCAUCCUAAGUAUCGGAUCCAAAAAACUGCCACAUUUGCAAUGAGUGACAAAGGCCUGCCACUAAGACCUGAGGAGAAUGUUUGCUCUCAUUACUAUCACUAUGGCAUUUGCAAGUUUGGACCUGGCUGUAAAUAUGACCAUCCAGUAAAAUACAGCCGGUCAGCGUCUUCAACUGCGUCUGGACCUGGUAUGCCUUGUCGCUUUGGCAACUCGGCAACAACAAAUAUGACUGGAAAUUCUGCGUGAAGGGCACCUUUUUUUGUAGGAUUGUUUAGUUUUCCUUUUAGAGAUGGGAAUUCUCUCUUUCCUUUUCCCCUUUUCGGCUCAGAGGCCACUAGAUUUCCAGAUGAUGGCAUGAUAGUAGUCAUAUGCUACACUACUACCAACAGAAGCAAAACCAACUUUGUAAAUUCUCUCUAUGUUAAGUUUGUUACAGGCCGUGGAUCUGAAAUUAAAGCAGUAACAGUCUUCUUGCCUUUUUGUAGUUGCUGUUUAUUGGUACUGUACCCUAUAGCCGAAGGCAAUGUGGAUUCUAGGGGUACAUAUUAUGUAGGAGUCAACAUUUUCACUGCA